UUUCUAUUCCUUUACAAAACCAAACAAGGUAAGACUAUUUCAACAUAUAUAUAGUUUAUAUCAAAUCUAACAGAGUCUUAUAAGUGAAUAUUUGUAUAUCGAAGAAUCUCUUAAACACGUGAUUAGAGAUUCAGUCUUGUGUGAGUGUAUAGAAAAAAUUUUAUUUUGCAAGUAGCCAAUCUCAUAAAUCGAUUUUCGUACCUCAAAUGAUUAGUGUCUUACUUUUGCUCGCGAAUAUGCUAGGAGCACCCAAACAAAUUUAUCUAUUUAAGUGGUCAUAAAAGACUUAACCUAACUUAAGUUUAGUUCAUUUCCACAAUAAGCAUGGGCAUGGAGCUUCAUGUUCUCACAUCAAUAAUCCUUGGUUUCCUCUUCUUCAUGGUAGUAAUCAAAAUCAUUUGGAGAUCAAAAACUAAGAAAAUUACAAACUCCAAAUUACUACCAGGACCAAGAAAACUUCCACUCUUAGGAAACAUCCACCAGCUUGGAACCUUACCUCAUCAUUCCCUAGCAAAAUUAGCACAACAAUAUGGACCUCUCAUGCACAUGCAACUUGGUGAACUUUCAUGCAUAGUUGUUUCAUCUCAAGAAAUGGCUAAAGAAGUGAUGAAAACACAUGAUCUCAACUUUGCAAAUAGGCCUCCACUUCUUGCAGCAGAAAUAAUCACUUAUGGAUACAAAGGAAUGACUUUUUCACCACAUGGUUCUUAUUGGAGACAGAUGAGGAAGAUUUGCAAUAUGGAGCUUCUAUCACAAAAGCGCGUCGACUCUUUUCGAUUCCAAAGGGAAGAAGAGUUGAAAAAUCUUGUGAAAGAUUUGAUUUUGAGUGAAGGGUCAAGCAUAAAUCUUAGUGAGAAGGUUGAUUCAUUGGCUUAUGGAUUAACUUCAAGAACAGCUUUUGGUGAAGAAAUUGAAGGUAAAGAAAAGUAUAGGAAACUUAUGAAGGAAGUUUCAAAGAUGGCUGGAGGGUUUUCUGUUGCUGACUUGUAUCCUUCAAUUGGAAUUCUUCAAGUUCUUACUGGAUUAAGGCAAGGGAUUGAGAGGCUUCAUAAUGAAAUGGAUGAGAUACUUGAGAAUGUUGUGAGGAUUCAUAGAGAAAAGGAUUUGAAAAAGAGGGAUAAGGAAGAAACAGGGGAGGAUCUUGUUGAUGUUCUAUUGAAGAUGCAAAAGGAUAGUGAUCUUGAACAUCCCUUAUCUGAUAUCAUUGUCAAAGCAACAAUUUUGGAUAUCUUCAGUGCCGGAAGUGACACAACAUUUACAAUUCUAGAGUGGACAAUGUCAGAACUGAUUAAAAAUCCAAAUGUAAUGAAGAAAGCACAAGCUGAAGUGAGGAGUGUCUACAAUGAAAAAGGGUAUGUAGAUGAACAAAAUCUUCACAACCUCAAAUACUUAAAAUCAGUUAUCAAAGAAACAAUGCGUCUACAUGCACCAGUUCCAUUGUUACUUCCAAGACAAUGCAGUGACAAAUGUGAAAUUAAUGGAUAUGAAAUACCAGCCAAAAGCAAAGUCAUUAUUAAUGCAUGGACAAUAUGCAGAGAUCCAAAAUAUUGGAUUGAACCUCAGAAAUUUUGUCCAGAAAGGUUUGUUAAUAGCUCAAUUGAUUACAAAGGUGUUGAUUUUCAGUUUACACCAUUUGGUGCUGGAAGAAGAAUGUGUCCUGGAAUAGUAUUUGGUAUAGCUAACUUGGAAAUCUCACUUGCAAAUUUGCUUUUUCAUUUUGAUUGGAAUAUGCCUAAUGGAUAUAAGGCUGAUGAACUUGACAUGGAUGAAUCAUUUGGUUUGGCUGUUAGAAGAAAAAAUGAUUUGUGGUUGGUUCCAACUAUUUAUCAUGGCUCAGGUUAUAAGACACUGGAUUAAUGUCAGUGAAAAUUAAUUAUAGUGUUAUGUUCUUUGUUAUGUGUACUUUGAUGGAAGAAACUAUUAGAUGUUAUUAGUUCACUAUAUACUUAGUAAUGCUAUUAAAAUGUAGAUACAUAAUUAAUGUAAUAAUUUGUAAUUCUACCUUUUAAAAUAUGUCAUGAUUAUAGUCUAUUGGACAUAGCUAGAUUAAGAGAGAACAAUUUAUUUGCCUGACA